GAAGAGGCAGCUGCCCCCAGGGUCACUCUCAGUGUUUGCAUCGAGGAUUUGAGGAGAAAACGGAGCUUUUUGGGGCCGGCAAAAAAACAGAGGGAGGCAAAAGGCCCAUGGAUGGGGGGAAGGAGGCCCAUGGGUCACUGUGGGUCUGGACUGUCAGGAUGUGGGGUUUUUUUUCCCUCCUGGGAUUGGCCGCGGCGGCUCCUCCUCACCUUGGAGAAGACUUCCUGGUGGCCUUCAUGCAGAACGGGUUGCAGCAGACCCUCAACAGCGACUUCAAGCUCCUCCUCACCGCUUACUCGCCCUUCACCUCCGUCACCAUCUCCAUGAAGAAGCCCGGCUUGAGGAUGACCCUGCAGGUGACCCCGGGUCAACCCAUCCUGGUGAAGGUCCCCCCUCAAGCCGAGAUGGUGGGGAGCAAGAGCUUCCACAACGCCCUGGUGGUGAGGGCCACCAACCCCAUCUCCUUGGUGAUGGUCAACGAGAAACCCACCUCGGUGGACACCGCCUUGGUCUACCCCGUCCACUCCUGGGGCACCGAGUACUACGUGGUGACCCCCAACGUGGGCACCGACCGCUACGGGGAGUUUGUGGUGGCCGCCUGGGAGGAACCCACCCAGGUUGAGGUCCACCUCAAAGCCACCGUCACCUACCAAGGUCAAUCCUACCCUCGGGGCACGGUUCUUCCCAUCAAACUGGAACCCUUCCAAGCCGUCCAGCUCCAAAGCCCUUCUGAUCUCUCGGGCACCAGGAUCGUGGGGCAGAAACCGGUGGCCGUCUUCACCGGCCACACCUGCUUGGCCAGGUUCACCCACUGUGACCACUUGGCCGAGCAGCUCCAACCCGUUGCCCACUGGGGCACCACCUUCAUUGUGCCCCCGUUGCCCUUCGAGACCCAGUCCGAUAUCGUCUAUGUCUCCACCUCUUCCACCCCCUCCUCCACCCGCGUGGAGUCCCACCACGGGGACACCAAGGCCGUGCGGGACCUACGGCCUGGUCGCUCAACGCUCUAUGGUCUCCAGGCCUCCAACCCCUUGGUCCUCUCGGCCGACACCGGGGUCCAGGUGGUUUUUUUUGCUGACGGGGGUCAAAAAGACACCAUCUCCUACGACCCCUUCUUCAUGACCGUCCCGGAUGUCUCCAGCUACUGUCACUCCUACAAGGUCCUGGCCUUGGAGGGCUACCAGAACUACGCCCUCUUGGUGGCCAAGACCUCGGAGACGUCGGGGUUGACCCUCAACAAAGUGCCCUUGAGGAACGUGGAGUGGAAGCCGGUCCCGGGGACCGAUUACUCCUGGGCGGGGCAGAGCCUGGGGGGUCAAUUCGCCGUCCACGCGGUGGAGCACAAGACCUCCCCCUUCGGGCUGCUCAGCGUGGGCAUCCGGGAGCAAAAGGCCUAUGGGUCACCGGCCGUCUGUGACAGCGAUCCCUGCCGGCUGGUGACGUGCCGGGCCAAGGAGACCUGCAAACUGGAGAAGGGGGAGGCCUCCUGCACCCAUGACUACAUGGGCACCUGCAUGGGCUCCCAGUCCCCCCAGUACCACACCUUCGAUGGGGUGACGGUGGACAUCCAGGGGGGCUGCUCUUAUACCCUGGUCAAAUAUUGUGGCCAGGACCCCACCCUGGUGCCUUUCAAGGUGGAGGAGAAGAAGGAGCAAGGGGAUUCAGGGGAAGGGUUGACCACGGUCUACGUCUACGCCCACAAAGUCUCCAUCCAGAGAGGAGAAGGAGGUAAAAUCCAGGUCAAUGACAAACCCACCAACCUCCCGGCCACCCUGGAUGGGGGGAAGAUCCGGAUCUCCAGACACGAGGGUCGCGUCGUCCUUCAGACGGAUUUUGGGCUGCAGGUGACCUACGACGACGAGUGGGCCGUGAUGGUGGCCGUCCCCAGCAGCUACUUCGGGGCCACCUGUGGCCUCUGCGGCAACUUCAAUGAGGACACCGAGGAUGAGGCCACCCUUCCCGAUGGCACUCGGGCCACCACCCUGGAGGAAUGGGCCGAAAGCUGGCGAGAUCCCUCCUGCCGGGACGAUUGUGGAGACCAGGAGGACCCAGCAGGAUGCGCUCAAAAUUGCCCCCAAAACAGCCACUUUGAGGCCUGUGGGACCUCCUGCCCGGCCACCUGCGCCAACCCCAAAGCCCCCACCUCCUGCAGCCGACCCUGCUCCUCCGGCUGCCAGUGUGACGAAGGCUUCCUCCUCCUCAACGCCACCUGCGUCCCGGCGGAGACCUGCGGUUGCCACCACCAGGGUCGUUCCUACAAGGUCCAGGAGGAGUUUUGGGAGGACGGGAGCUGCCAGAGGAGGUGCCGAUGCCAGGCCGGUGGCCAAGUGGCCUGCAAGAAGUCCGGGUGCAAAGCCCACGAGAAGUGCGUGGUGGAGGAGGGCGGCCUCCCCGCCUGCCGCCCCCAAAAGUUCUUCACCUGCAUCGGGACGGGCGACCCCCACUACACCACCUUCGACGGCUUGAAGUACGACUUCCAAGGGACCUGCCGCUACCAGUUCGCCGCCCUCUGCUCCCGGGACCCCCAACUGGUCCCUUUCACCGUCACGGUGGAGAACAACAACCGGGGCAGCAAAGCCGUCUCCUUCACCAAGACCGUCACCUUGGAGGUCUACGGCCACCUCAUCAGCAUGAGCCAGGAGCACCCCAGCAAGGUCAAGGUCAACGGGGCCUUCGUGGAGCUCCCCUUCUCCCUGGGGGGCCAGCUGGAGCUCUACCACAGCGGCCCCCACGGCUUCGCCCGCACGGCCUUCGGCCUCCGGGUGAGCUUCGACUGGUACAGCUACGCCCGCGUCAUCCUCCCCGAAGCCUACGCCGGCGCCGUCUGCGGCCUCUGCGGCAACGCCAACGGCGACCCCAAAGACGACUGGGUGGCCCGGGGGGGUCAACGGGCCACCAGCGAAACCCAACUGGCCGACAGCUGGAAGGUGGGGGAGGUCCCCGGUUGCUCGGCCGGUUGCGUAGGGGAUUGUCCCACCUGCCGCCAAGAGGAGAAGGAGGUCUACCUCCGGGAGGGCUACUGCGGGGUCAUCGCCAAAGCCGGGGGGCCCUUCCGGGCUUGCCACGAGGCCAUCGACCCCACCCCCUUCCUGGAGGACUGCGCCUUCGACACGUGUCACUACAAAGGCCACCGGGCCACCAUGUGCAAGGCCAUCGCCGCCUACGUCACCGAGUGCCAGAGCCACGGCAUCCGGGUGGAGCCCUGGAGGACGCCCUCCUUCUGCGGUCCCUCCUGCCCCCCGCGCUCCCACUACGAGCUCUGCGGCACCAGUUGCCCCUCCAACUGCCGGGGGGGUCCCACCCCGUCCCCCCAAGAUUGCUCCUGGUCCCCCUGCGUGGAGGGAUGUUUUUGCGACCCGGGUUUCCUCCUCAGCGGCGACGAGUGCGUGCCGGCGGGGGAGUGCGGGUGCCAACACGGGGGUCGUUAUUACAAAAAAGGCCAAGAAUUUUACCCGUCUUGCCGGGAGCGCUGCCGAUGCCGGUCCCGGGGGGUGGUGGAAUGCCAGGAGGCCACCUGCCCCCCCCAAGAAGAGUGUCGCUUGGAAGAAGGGGUGCUGGGGUGUUACCCGGUGGGGUACGGCCGCCUGGUGGUCUCGGGGGACCCCCAUUACACCACCUUCGACGGGAGGGCCUUCCACGUCCGGGGGUCCUGCGCCUACGUCUUGGCCCGGCUCUGCAAGGCCCACCCCACCUUGGCCAACUUCUCGGUGGUGCUGGAGCACGAUUUGGGGGGCGUUGGAGGCCCGGGGGGGCGGGCGGUGGCCAUGACGAAGAAGGUGGUGGUGGCCUUCGAGGCCUACAGGGUCACCACCCCGCGCACACGCGUGUGCAAAACCCCCCAGGUGAACGGGGAGCGUCACACGUUGCCCCUGGCCACCCCGGACGGGCAACUCCGCGUGGGGCAAGAAGGGACCAACAUCGUCCUCCAAACGGGGCCCGGCCUCCGGCUCCUCUACAACGUGGCCACCUACCUCCUCCUCACCGUCCCCUUGGGCUACCGGGGCCACCUCUGCGGCCUCGGGGGCAACUACAACGGCGACCCCGACGACGACUUCCGCUUGCCCGACGGCACCCCGGCCCCCGGCGCCCAAGAAUUCGUGGCCUCCUGGAAGGUGCCGAAGGAGGAAGGAGGUUGCCCGGAGGUGGCCACCACCACCACCAUCUCCACCACCACCACCCCCGAGGGUUGUGAGGGCGACCACUGCCCGCCCUGCGUGGCCACCGGGGCCGCCGCCGAUUCUUGCCACCUCAUCCGGGACCCCCAAGGACCUUUCGGGCCUUGUCACCUGCGGGUCAACCCCGAGGAGUAUUUGGAGCAGUGUCUCCACGACGUCUGCGCCGCCGGCGAGGAGGCCACCCAGGUCCUGUGUCACAGCCUCCAGGCCUACGCCACCGCCUGCCAGGCCACCGGGGCCACCAUCGGCCACUGGAGAACGGCCCAGUUUUGCCCUCUCCCCUGCCCGCCCCACAGCCACUACGAGCUCUGCACCCGCACGUGCGACUUCACCUGCGCCAGCCUCUGGGUGCCCACCCCCUGCAGCUGGAAGUGCUUCGAGGGCUGCCAGUGCGACGACGGGUUCCUCUUCGACGGGGAGACCUGCGUGUCCCUGGAGAAGUGUGGUUGCCUCCAUCGGGGACGUUACGUCAAGGUGAGGUUGGCCGAGGAGGGCCCAAGGGCAAGAGUUUUGGGUGGAAAGCGGGUAGGAACAGGGGUGGAAAAGGAGGUGGAAGAAGGUUUGUGGGAUGGGUUGUCCCACCUGGAUGAAGCAGAUGGUUGGUGGCUUCAGUCUUCAACGAGUUGGGGUGUCCCAUCUGGAGGAUGCAGCUGGUUUGGGGUCUCCAUCUUCACUGAGGUGGGUUGUCCCAUCAAGAUGAUGCAACUGGUUUGGGGCUUCAACCAUCAAUGAGUUGGGUUGUCCCAUCUGGAGGAUGCAACUGGUUUUGGGGUCUCCAUCUUCACUGAGGUGGGUUGACCCAUCAAGACAAUGUAACCAGUUUUGGGUCUCAAUCCUUGAUGAGUUGGGUUGUCCCAUCUGGAGGAUGCAGCUGGUUUGGGGUCUCCAUCUUCAUUGAGUUGGGUUGUCCCAUCGAGAUGAUGUCACUGGUUGGUGGCCUCAAUCC